AACUUUGGAUAAAAUGAAGAUAUAGUACAAAACACUUGUCUGUGGUGCAUAUUAAACCAUAUUUUCAAUUUAUUCAAUAUACAUAUUCCACCUAACUCACUCUCUCAUCUAAACAAAAAAAAAUAAUUAGUCAAAUAACAUGGAUGCUUGUUUCCUCUCCCAAACUUCCUUCACCAAAAUCAGAGCUGGAUCUCUAACUUUCUCCAAAAGAUCUUCUCAACAAUUCAAUUCAAGAAAAGUUGGAAUUCCAUUUCAUGUAUCAUGUUGCAACAUGUCAUCAUCAUCGUCGCCGUUAGAUGAUGACAAACCAACUGUUAAUACCGAUUGGCGAACUUUCCGAGCAAAAUUGGUGGCCGGAGAACAAUUACAAAACCCGGAGUUACUUUCACCGGUGACUAAUCCAGACGCGGUUGCAGAUCAACCAUCACUAAUCACAAUUGGCGACAAAUGGGCUCAUAUAAUCCACGAGCCCGAAAGAGGUUGUUUGUUAAUAGCAACAGAAAAGCUCGACGGGGUCCACAUUUUCGAACGAACGGUGAUCCUUCUUUUAUCAAACGGCCCAAUAGGCCCGUCCGGGAUCAUACUCAAUAGACCGUCUUUGAUGUCCAUUAAAGAAACAAGAUCAACAGCAUUUGAUGUAAAGGGUACAUUUUCUAAUAGUCCUUUGUAUUUUGGAGGACCUUUAGAAGAAGGGUUGUUUUUGGUGAGUCCUAAAGAUGAUGGUGUGGUGAGAGUAAGUGGUGUUUUUGAUGAAGUGAUGAAGGGUUUGUAUUAUGGUACAAAGGAAAGUGUAGGGUGUGGUUCUGAAAUGGUGAAGAGGAAGGUUGUUGAGGUUGGUGAUUUUAGAUUCUUUGAUGGGUAUUGUGGGUGGGAGAAAGAACAAUUGAAAGAUGAAAUUAGGGCUGGUUAUUGGACUGUGGCUGCUUGUAGUCCAAGUGUUGUUGAUUUGGGGAAUGUUGGAAGUGUUGGCCUUUGGGAUGAAGUUCUUGGCCUUAUGGGCAAAAGGAAGGUCAAGUGACAAGGUUUACUUUACUUAAAUCAUGUUUAAACUUAAUAUUUCGAAAAUUUAUGUUGUAGAUAUUGAACUUAGUGAUGGUUUGAAUAUGAGAGUUAAAUAACAUAUUGAACUUCAUUUGGCUGAAA